AUGGGUGUGGUGGGGGAGGAGCUGGCAGGGCAGGAGUUUCUGCUGAGGAGGGUUGGAGUCCCAGAGCAGGCCACUUUGCACACAACCAAAGCUUAUUCCAAGAAGAGAGCCCAGAACCAGAGGAUGGCCCCAGGGACCCAGAGACCCUCAUCCCAGGAUGCCCAGGUGAGCAAGGAGGUCAGUGCAAGCAUGAGAGACAGCCAUUGGAAAGGCACAGAUCAGGUGAUGGAGGGUCUUGGUCAAGAUUGUCCAGGAGGCCCGUAUCCCCAGGAGUUGCUGACAUUCAAGGAUGUGGCUGUGGAUUUCACCCAGGAGGAGUGGCGCCUCUUGGACCAUUCUCAGAGAGAGCUGCACAAGGAGGUCAUGCUGGAGAAUGUCCAGAACCUGCUCUCUGUGGGUGGAGAAACCAGGUUGGAAGUGAAGAAGAUAACUACAAAGGUGAACAUUUCUGUUCAAGAAUUUGUCCAGCUUAGAUUUGAGAGUGAUGGUGCCUGUAACUGCAAUUUGAAAGAAAUAUGUGACUCUGAUACCAAGGCGGAUCUUAUUAGGCAUCAGAAUAUUCACAAUGGAAAAAAGUUGUAUAAAUGUAAUCAGUGUGGAAAGACUUUCACAGGGGAAUCCCAUUUUGCUGUGCAUCAGAGAAUCCACACUGGAGAGAAACCUUAUGAAUGCUAUCAGUGUGGAAAGAAGUUCAGAUGCAGCUCCGGUUUUGCUGUACAUCAGAAAAUCCACACUGGAGAGAAACCUUAUGAAUGCUAUCAGUGUGGAAAGGCUUUCACAAAGAGAUCCAAUCUUGCUGCACAUCAGAGAAUCCACACUGGAGAGAAACCUUAUGAAUGUAAUCAGUGUGGAAAGACUUUCACAGUCCGCUCCCAUCUUGUUAAACAUCAGAGAAUCCACACUGGAGAGAAACCUUAUAAAUGUAAUCAGUGUGGAAAGGCUUUCACAUGGAGCUCUGAUUUUGUUGGACAUCAGAGAAUCCACACUGGAGAGAAACCUUAUGAAUGUAAUCAGUGUGGAAAGACUUUCACAAAGAGGUACCCUCUUGUUAGACAUCAGAAAAUCCACACUGGACAGAAACCUUAUAAAUGUAAUCAGUGUGAAAAGGCUUUCACAGAGAGAUCCAGUCUUGUUGCACAUCAGGGAAUCCACACUGGAGAGAAACCUUAUGAAUGUAAUCAGUGUGGAAAGACUUUCAGAAAGAGGUCCUAUCUUGCUGUACAUCAGAAAAUCCACACUGGAGAGAAACCUUAUGAAUGUAAUCAGUGUGGGAAGGCUUUCACAGUGAGAUCCAGUCUUGCUAAGCAUGGGAGAAUACACAUUGGUGAGAAACCUUAUGAAUGUAAUCAGUGUGGGAAGGCUUUCACAGAGAGAUCCAGUCUUGCUAAGCAUGGGAGAAUACACACUGGAGAGAAACCUUAUGAAUGUAAUCAGUGUGGAAAGGCUUUCACACAGAGUUCUCAUCGUGCUGCACAUCAGAGAAUCCACACUGGAGAGAAAACUUAUGAAUGUAGUCAAUGUGGAAAGACUUUCACAGUCCGCUCCCAUCUUGUUAAACAUCAGAGAAUCCACACUGGAGAGAAACCUUAUGAAUGCAAUCAGUGUGGGAAGGCUUUCACAGUGAGAUCUAGUCUUGCUAAGCAUGAGAGAAUACACAUUGGAGAUAAACCUUAUGAAUGUAAUCAGUGUGGAAAGGCUUUCACACAGAGCUCCAGUCUUGCUCAGCAUGAGAGAUCCCACACUGGAGAGAAACCUUAUGAAUGUAAUCAGUGUGGAAAGACUUUCACCAUCAGCUCCUAUCUUGUUAGACAUCAGAGACUCCACACUGGAGAGAAACCUUAUGAAUGUAAUCAGUGUGGAAAGGCUUUCACACAGAGCUCCAAUCUUGCUCAGCAUGAGAGAUCUCACACUGGAGAGAAACCUUAUAAAUGUAAUCAGUGUGGAAAGACUUUCACAGUCAGCUCCUAUCUUGUUAGACAUCAGAGACUCCACACUGGAGAGAAACCUUAUGAAUGCAAUCAGUGUGGGAAGGCUUUCACAGUGAGAUCUAGUCUUGCUAAGCAUGAGAGAAUACACAUUGGAGAUAAACCUUAUGAAUGUAAUCAGUGUGGAAAGGCUUUCACACAGAGCUCCAGUCUUGCUCAGCAUGAGAGAUCCCACACUGGAGAGAAACCUUAUGAAUGUAAUCAGUGUGGAAAGACUUUCACCGUCAGCUCCUAUCUUGUUAGACAUCAGAGACUCCACACUGGAGAGAAACCUUAUGAAUGUAAUCAGUGUGGAAAGGCUUUCACACAGAGCUCCAAUCUUGCUCAGCAUGAGAGAUCUCACACUGGAGAGAAACCUUAUGAAUGUAAUCAGUGUGGAAAGACUUUCACAGUCAGCUCCCAUCUUGUUAGACAUCAGAGACUCCACACUGGAGAGAAACCUUAUGAAUGUAAUCAGUGUGGAAAGGCUUUCACAGAGAGAUCCAGUCUUGCUGCACAUCAGAGAAUCCACAGUGGAGAGAAAACUUAUGAAUGUAAUCAGUGUGGAAAGUCUUUCACAGUGAGAUCCAGUCUUGCUAGGCAUGAGAGAAUCCACACUGGAGAGAAACCUUAUGAAUGUUAUCAGUGUGGAAAGAAUUAUGCAAAAUAUUUCCACAUUAGUCAGCAUGAGAGAAUCCACACUGAAGAGAAACCUUAUGAAUGUAAUCAGUGUGGAAAGAAUGUGGAGAAAGCUACCCAGGACAACAGUUUAACAGUUUAG